GGUAAUGCCUGUGGACCAGUCUCAGUACCUUUACUUACUCUGAAGCCUGGAGCUGCUUGUGUUUUUGGAAUUUGUUGCAAAGACUGCAAAUUCAUGCCAUCAGGGGAAGUCUGCAGACAUCAGAUCAACGAAUGUGACCUUCCAGAGUGGUGCAAUGGGGCGUCCCAUCAGUGCCCAGAAGAUGGGUAUGUGCAGGAUGGGGUUCCCUGUAGUGACAACGCCUACUGCUAUCAAAAGAGAUGUAAUAACCAUGACAAACAGUGCAGGGAGAUCUUUGGUGAAGUUGCAAAGAGUGCAUCUCAGAAUUGCUAUGAAGAAGUCAACUCCCAGGGAAACCGUUUUGGCCACUGCGGUCUAAAUGGAACGGCAUACCUAAAAUGCAACACCUCAGAUAUCUUUUGUGGGAGGGUUCAGUGUGAGAAUGUGUCAGUAAUUACUAAUCUGAUAUAACAUACUACAAUACUUCAGCUUCAGUUCAAUGAUACCACUUGCUGGAGCACUGAUUAUCAUGUAGGGAUGUCCAUACCUGAUUUUGGUCAAGUGAAAGAUGGCACCAUGUGUGGUCCAGAAGAGAUAUGCACCCACUAGAAGUGUGUCAGUUUGGUUUAUCUGCCACAAGACUGUCAGCCUGAGACCUGCCAUAUGAAGGGGGUCUGCAAUAAUAAACAGCAUUGCCACUGUCACCAUGGGUGGGCACCUCCCUUUGCCAAACACAAGGGCAAUGGAGGUAGUAGUGAUAGAGGCCCACCUCCUGAGAACCAAAGACCAUGGGCAGAAUUGGGUUACCUGUCCUUACUGUGGCUUAUUCCUUUGAUUGUUUUAUUUUUAUAUUGCUUCCUUGUGCUUCAGUAAGAAA